UUGAAAUUACAGCAAUAUCAAUCAGUCAAAACUUUUUUCACUUAUCUACUUUCACGAACAAUGUUUUUGAGAAGCGAGAGAUGGCGGGUAAGUGACAUUUACUGUAACAUACAUUUCUCACUGAAAUCGCAAUUUAAUGUUAAUAAGAUGAGAAACAUCGGUGUUGUAGUUUAAAUUCUGCGGCAACAGAGGCAAACGCGACCAUUGUUAGUUACAAUUACUUACAUAAAGUAAUUAAACUAUCCAAUAAUUCCAAAGUUUUAGUUACAAAGAAAUUUCGUUUAUGGUAUAUGACACACUGCAACUGACUAAAAAAUUUUUGUUUUCUUGAAUUAUAUUCUAUGGCACGCUCGCGUCAUGUGCUGUUACAAUUUUUUAAGGGGUAGUUGAGUCCCAAACAAUUCCAUAAAGAAAUCAUUGUCAUUCACAACUGGAACACUCCACAGUAAACCCGUAGUUGAGAUCUAAUUGAACCUUCCUUUGAAUUUGUUGAUUUGAGAGUCGAACUUGAUGGCUGCUGAUUACCGAAAACAGAUCAUAACGAAAGUAAUAUUUCGUGUAUCGGUUACAAUAUAAACGAAAUCAAUUGAAUUUUUGUUUGUUGUGAGGACCGGAAAAGCGCAUCCAACAUGAAAAUUGGAAAAAAGUGAUGCGGCAUAUCAUAUGGCAUGAUUGACUUAUUAAUUUAAACGACUGAAUAAAGUUACAUAUCUGCUGUUAAGAGCAAGACAAUCUGCAAAUUAUAAUUCUUUUUCCGAGAAGCUAUCACUCGAUCUCAUCGUCAUAGCUCCUUAGGCCUGUUCUUUUAUCGGCUUUUAUCAAAGUAGUUUAUCAGACAGAAAAGCUUUGGAACUUGAGGUUCUGGUUAUCUUUCAAAUAGCCGGCUGUUCCAGGCGUUCAGAUCGUGGGAACGGUGCAAACAGUGUGUAAAGAGAUGUGAGAAGAAAAAAACAAGGGGGCCUGGAACAGGCUUUCUUUCAAAGAACUUCCUUCUUAUCCUGAUCGAAUAGCCGAAUAUAGCAGGUCCGAUAGCUGGUCAAAAUACCUUUGGAGCCUUAUUAAAGGAAUUGUAAUUUUCAGCUUCAGUGUCAGACACUAUUUUCCGGCUGUCGUUACAGUAACUUUUCAAAAGCGAAAAGACCGUAAAAGAAGAAAAAAACAGAAAAGUAAUUUUAAUCAAACAUAACAGAUUUAUUUCAGAGAACAGCGAAAUUUUCCACAAAUUUUGGAGGUCUUUCACGAUCGAUACCUGAAACGGGAUUUAACUGAAAGUGAACUAAGUUACAUGAGAAUUUCCUCUUUGCAAGCUUACGUAAAAUACCUUUUUUAGGCUAGACAGUAUUUAAUUACAGAAACGAUAGAAAAAACAGGAAGAAUUUUAAUCAAACAUAGGUGUUUUCAAGACACCGACUCUCGAACGCAACUGACAAAGAAAGUUUCCUAAAACUGUGACUUUUUUGUAAACUUGACCGAAAGGAAACUGAAUAUUCGUUUUUUAGCCAACGUCGAUCCCUUCCGAUUUACUUUAAAAUGCUAAGACUAUUAGAUAUAGAAAACGCAAAAGCAAUAUCCAGAAUUCAAUUAAAUCGUUUUGUUGAAUAUUCAUCAGAAAUCUCGUCGCAUGAUACCAAACGUAAGCUGUUUCGUGCAGAGCGUAUUCAGCCUGAUGACGUCAUCACCAUUUGAAGUUGUCCAGUGUGAAGCAGCGGCGUUGUUGGUUGAACUGACAUCACAUCCGCAAGUGUUAGAGGUAACAAUAGACUAUCAGUAUAUCUUAUGUUUUCGUCUUUUAGAGAUAGUUUUAUCUUCUUUCCCACUCCGGCGGCUGCGGUCUUUCGAAAUGGCUAGAAAAGGUAAACACUGCUGCCCCUUUAAAAAAGUUAAGAUCCGUGGAAGUCAGUUUCUUUUUGUCCCGCGAUUCGAGGGCUGAUAUCUUAUAACCCUUUACACGGCCCCGGGCAGAUUUUUGAAGGGAGCCGUGCAAAUUCUUUCACAGCGUACGGUACUGUUUGCUGUUCAAAAACUUGCACGGUUCUGCGGGUGCCAUGUAAAAUGAAAGACGGAUCCGUACGUGAUCCGUGCAAGUUUUUGUUCGUUCAAAAAUUCAUCCGGACCCGUGUUAAGGGGGUCUUAUAGAGAUCUGACGUAAAAAAAAUUAAAGGGUGUUCCAAUGCCAUAGUGGAAAAGUGUUACAACCGUAAAAAAUAAGCCGAAAUGGCUUUAUGUUUCAUGAGGGAAAAUCUGGUUUGGAAUAAACAGUGUAUCAAAGUGUACCAACUUUUCAGUUACUUGGGCUCAGGGGCUUUUACUUCCGCUACAAACGAAAAACCGUAAUUUCUCCGUCUAUAUUCACUCUUUUCCAUUUUUUCUUCUUUCUCAUGAAGAUUACACUAAAACCUUUACUAUGAGCCAUAAAUUAAAACUUUAACAAAAUUUUUUAUCUGAAGGUAUGAAAGGCUUUCAACAUUCGUUCAACUUUUUCUUUAAUUUGUGCAACAUGUCCACGAAUUUUAGCAAGCUUUACAUACGUUAAACAAUUUUCAAACGGGUCUAAGACUUUGGUACAAUGAAUGUUUAACCCGGAGGACGGCUCAGGUCAGAUUCGUUCUCUAUGGAACAGUGCAUAUUUUCCUUCUUUGACCGAUCUAGCUUUCAGUUAAAGCUAUUACGUGGUUAAGCAGCAACUUCAGCAAAGAUACAUCUUUCCAUCGAUACCUCAUUUUGGAAAUUCUGACCAAUCCUGACAGAGUUACACACAAAAAAAACAAGUAACAUUUUGGGGAAAAAAUCCACGCCAGUUUUGACAUUUUCUUAUUACUCUUUGUAGAUUAAAUUUGUCCCUUUCCUAAAAAGUUAGCCUGCCAUUAUUCCAUGAAAAAGAAAGACGAUUUUAAAAGCUGGCAACAAAACUGAAUGAAAGGCAAAGGGAGAAAAGACAGCGAGAAAGAAAAAUCGAAAUAGAUUCGCGUGAGCGAAAAACUAAAACGUUGCUUAAUUCCAUCCGAUUAGUCGGAAAAUAUGCCCUUAUUGUAGAGUUUUGUCAAUCCCAUGUUAGUUACCCGAAAACCAGUCCAAGAAAGAGGAAUUGGUGAAAAAUGGUUUUUUCUUCUUCUCGCUGGCCCCCUUUAAAGGGUUAAAUCCAUUUAUUUCUUAUAUAUUUUUAUUUUAUAUUUCUCGUUUCAGGAAGUUGAAAAGUGUUACACCAGGAUAAUAUCCCAAAAGAGCGUUGAUGAAACAUUGAAGACAACUAUUCUUGAAAGACUAAAAAACGUGCGAGAGAAAAGAAAGUCACUUCCAUUGAAGAAAUCGUCAAAAGUAAAUAAAAAAUUGCAACUAUAA